AACGAGCUCAUUACCAUAUUUAAACGAGCUCAUUACCAUAUUUAAACGAGUUUAUUAUGAUGAUAACCUACAUUAAGCUGACCGUUCACAGUCCGACCUGUGUACAGUGUAUUGUGUUGUGUAGCUAGCAUGAGUAGCUCGCUAAAGAUAACUAACCUUAAGUACACACAGAAAGUUUUAAAUAGAAAGAAUUAAAUAUAUUGUUCGAUAACGAAUUUGAAUAUGUUUAAAAACAAAACAGCUUGGUUUUCAGAUAGUGUAAAAACAGACAUUAGAAGGAUUUGGGCUUCUCAGGGCGGCGUUAUAACCGACUGGAAAUCAGCUGAUUACCUUUUUAGUGAGGACGCUUCCUGUCCUGACACUAACAGGAUCCACAUGAGUGUUGAGUAUGUGACGGACAGAGCCACGGUAUUUCACAGUGCCUACCUGUCCACCUGUCAGAUGCGGCAGAGCACCAAAUCUGUACCGCUCGGGCAUUAUCUACUGCCUCCUGUUCCUGUACAGAGAGAAGUGAAAGCCCAGAUUGGAAGGUUCAUAUGGGAGCAGGAUGAGAUGCUCGGUGCGAAUGCACAGCACGCAGACAGAAGAUCCGAGCAGAUUACGUACAUUCAAACGGAUUCUAAAGGAAGUCAGACAGAGAAAGGAAAGAAAAGGCAGGAGAACUGCACAAACACAUCUCCAUCAAGACACAAAUCAGUUUGUUGUAAAGCACAACUUUAUCCUGUAAACAACAUGCUUUCAGGGUUCACAGGUCGACCACAAGGUUAUGUCCAUAUUGACCAGCUAAAGAAGUUCUCAGGAGAGCUGCACGACUUCCUUCCGUCCCACUCGGGUUAUUCGGUCUCUAGACCUCAUAGCAGGAGAGUUCCUUAUCGCUAUAAAGAGGGACACUGACAAGAUAUUUUAACUUAUUUUAAAAGAUUGACAGACUAGAAUUAGUACUUUUAUUUCCAGAUAGGACAAUAGAGAGAGGGAGAGAGACAGUAAAUAUGUAUUAAAUAUGUAUUUAUCUUGAAGUUACAGUAUAUUUUCUAGACACAAUAUAUGACUGAAUAAAGAAGCAAAUUUGUAACUA